GGCGCGGGACGUUGCGCGGCGGCCCCGCCCCCGGCCCACGAAGGGCAAGGUGACGGCGCGGGGCCCACAUUCGGCCUCUGCCGCAGCGGCUCCAUCUUGCGAGGUCGCCAUGUUCUCGUCCAUCGCGCCGCUCGCGCGGCACAACCCCUUCUACGCGCCGCACUUCCAGCUGGUCCAGGACGGCGUGAGGAAGCGCCCAGCGGAGCCCGCGGAGGCGCCUGCCGCGCGCCGGGAGUUGGCGGCCGCAUCGGCCGCCGAAGAAUACAGCUGUGCCUAUGGCUCAAACAGAUUCUUUAUGCUUUGUGGCCUUGGUGGGAUUAUUAGCUGUGGAACAACACAUACGGCACUGGUUCCCCUAGACCUGGUUAAAUGCAGAAUGCAGGUUGAUCCACAAAAAUACAAGAGCAUCUUCAAUGGAUUUUCAGUGACAAUCAAUGAAGAUGGCGUUCGUGGCUUGGCUAAGGGAUGGGCUCCAACCUUUAUUGGAUAUUCCAUGCAAGGGCUUUGUAAAUUUGGUUUCUAUGAAGUUUUCAAAAUCCUAUAUGGCAACAUGCUGGGAGAGGAAAAUGCCUAUUUGUGGCGUACUUCACUAUAUUUAGCUGCAUCUGCCAGUGCAGAGUUUUUUGCUGACAUUGCUCUGGCUCCAAUGGAAGCUGCUAAAGUUCGUAUUCAGACACAGCCUGGAUAUGCAAACACUCUGCGUCAAGCUUUACCUAAAAUGUUUGGAGAAGAAGGCAUCUGGGCUUUCUAUAAAGGUGUUGCUCCACUAUGGAUGAGACAGAUUCCAUACACAAUGAUGAAAUUUGCCUGCUUUGAACGUACUGUGGAAGCUCUCUACAAGUAUGUUGUUCCCAAGCCACGAAGUGAAUGUACAAAAGGAGAACAGCUGGUAGUCACAUUUGUGGCAGGCUAUAUUGCUGGUGUGUUCUGUGCAAUUGUUUCCCAUCCUGCUGACUCAGUGGUGUCUGUGUUGAACAAAGAAAAGGGCAGCUCUGCUUCACAGGUUCUUAUGAGGCUUGGAUUCAAAGGUGUAUGGAAAGGUCUGUUUGCUCGUAUCAUUAUGAUUGGUACCCUGACUGCACUACAGUGGUUCAUCUAUGAUUCUGUCAAGGUUUAUUUCAGACUUCCUCGCCCACCUCCACCUGAAAUGCCAGAGUCUCUGAAGAAGAAGCUUGGUCUAACUGAAUAGACAACUCAUGGACUGACUGCUCGCUGUCCCAGUGAUGAGUUUCAUGAAACUUUUAUAUAUUUGACUAUGUAGAAAACAAACUCUAUAUGAUGUCAUUAUUGGCUGUGCCCUCAUCUCACAUGAGGGUUUAAAUUCAACCACUGUCAUUGCCUGAAAUAAAUGAGAAACAGAGUGCUUAGUGUCUGUUUACUACUGCAUAUGUAAGCUUCAUUUCGUAGCAGCAAAUAUGUCAAAUACUCUCCCUGCUUUCCUCUCCCCCCCAAAAAAAAGUUUAAAAAAAUUACCAGGUUCUACACAUUAGGAAUCAGAGAAGUGUUACUCUUCCACUUGUAACAAAACUAGGCUUUCACUGUUUCCAGAGAAGUGCCAAAACGUGUCCUUGUAGAACUGCAGAAACAAACUGCAGUCUUGUGCACUUUGAGUCCACUGAUCAUUUGCCUAUAAUAAGCUGUUACUGUAGAAUACUUGAACUCCUGAGUAGCUGAGAUGAGACUGCAGUCUGAUAGGGCAUCCUGGUUGUAAUACUGGUGUUCCCCACAGAGAUAAAAAGAACCUUGUACAUCCUAAAGCUGUUUCUGCCUUCGGAUGGUCAUCCCAACUUAACUAACUUAUGCUUACUUGACUGAUUUUUGCUUCUCUUGGCUUUGAACCACACCAAAGAACUUGGUCCUUCUGGUUGUCCUGUGGAAUUAAACCUCUUUAACUAAAAAAAAAGCUGAUGUUAAUAAAGAUUUUCAAAUAUAUUUAACCACUAAAAGCUUAAUUCAGCUUUCCAAUAAGAUAAAAAUGGCUUGUCUUUUAUUCGAGAGUUGGAAAAACUUGCCAGCUUUUCCCUACAUUUGCUAUGGGUGUAGUUUUUAAUUUUUUUUUUUUCUGAAUCAGUUUAAUGCUGAGCUUUGGUUGAACCAUGCACUUUUGCAGGGCAAGGAGUCAUACCAUUUUUUUUUUUUGGACCCUGCUGUGCAGAAAUCUAGGUUCCUAGGCAUGCAAGAGGAGACAAUCGUGCAGUCUUUUACUGAAGAAUGAUAACACUGCCUUCUGCAUUUCACUUGUUCAGUAACCCACAGUAUAUAAUCACUUCACCCUCUCCAGUACUACUUUGUUCACAUAGUAGAGCUGGAGCUGAAAUUUCUUUUGUGCAAAACUGUGGAUAUUAUCUGCCUUUCAGCAUGUGAGCUGAUAAUACUGAACUUACAUUGGCACUCACAUAUGUUGUACUGUUCCUUCCUCUUUACUUGGUUCCUUCAGAGCCAAAAGGACAAUUAAGGCAGGUGCCAUUGGAAUAGCAUAAAUAUACUGACUGCUGCCUUUUGCUGGAGUCUGAUGUGCCUGCUAUUGUUUUGCUUAGCAUCAAGCUUCUCACCCCUUGGGAAAACCCUCCAACUUCCAAGAUUUUGAUGAUUAUACUGAACAAGAAAGAUAGGCCUUAUUUUGAAUUGCUACCUUUCAGAAUGUGGAAUAAAAUCUAAAACUUCUCCAUUUCCCUGUCACCAGGACAGUAAUAAAGGCACUCUUAGAGUGGCUGGUAUCUUAACUGUGUUACACAGCAAAGUCAAAUACCCUAAGUCUAAACAAAACAUUUGUGCAAGUACUUUGGUGUUGAAUUAAAAUUGUUUAAUGAUAAAAGUAUGUAAAUCUUGUUUCUUCAUAGUGAGUGGGAAGCUUUGAAGUUAUUUAAUGAGUCAUGCUUCUAAGAGCUUUCUUGGAGAAGAGCCUUUAGUAUGACUUGAUCUUGUAUCAAGACCAUAGAUGUUAAAUCAGCUUUUGAAGUUAACUUACGUGUGUGGUACAGCUUGUUAGAAAAAAAACAGUAUCACUUUUGUGUACUGAAUAUCAGUUUCUUUAAAAGCAUAUUUUAACUCAGUAGAUAUUUCUUUUUUUGCUGUAAAACAUCUCAAGUUCCUUCUAAUUCUGGGGGAAGUGAAGCACUUCUGUCAAAUUUUAAGGCUGGCAGAAGAGUGAGACAAGCUUGGCUCGUGCAGUGAGGUAGCCUGAUUGUCAAGCAAUCCAAUGCUGAGCUAAAUUUCACAAGACUGCUUCUUAUUGUUCUAUACAGUGAGCAAAAUCGUACAAUUUUUCCCUAGAAUAGGGUCAACAUUGCGCAGUUUUUUUGCACAGUAAUAGGAGAAUCUGAAGUCUGUUUUCUCAUUGCUCAAGGGUAGACCUGAAACUGUCCUUUUAAAGAUGCUCAGAUUUAUCAAGGUAGAUCUGAGACUACAAGAAGCAGCCAGCAGUUCCUCUUCUGAGAAAGGGAAAAUAUACAUAGUGAUCAUUACAGUGUUGUGUUUCAGUGGAAAACUCAAGAGGGGGAGAGAAUUGUCCUGCAGGUGCUGGCUUCAUUGACAUUCAGCCAUAGGCUUGCUCAGAUGCUUGUUCAGAAAGGGUUUGACAUAUAAAAUGUUUCUUAAAGUUUCUUAAAAUACCUGCUGGUAUUUUAAAUAAGCUUCAGUGGGAAAAAUGUAGUAUUAAAAUGCAUUUAAAAGGUCAACUUUGUAAUUGAUAACUGCUUUGUGCAUAAUGCCUGGUACAUUUUCUGAAGGCUGGGAAGCUGGGGCAUGGGAGCAGUGGUGCCUUUGAUGGACUCGCUCUUCCAUUGCAGGGCAAGUCCUGUAUCGAAAAGGAGCACUCCAUUUUGAACUACCGACCCAUCACUAAACCCCAAAGUGCUUUGUAAAACAUGGAUUGUGUAUAUGCUGCUUGUGUAUAUUUUAUGAAUGACAAAACAUCCUUUCUUGCUGGUUUUGGAGCUGAGAUGAGUUUUCUGGUUUAAAGCAUAUAGUUCUAUAAAUUUGGAAUAACAACUCCAUUCACACACAGUAUUUGUAUCAGGUUGUACUACAGAUCAAAUGUGCUGAUACUUGCUGAAAUGUUUGUUGCAUAUCAUUUUAAAAUGGGCUGUAAUAAUAGAAAUAGUUGUAAUUAAUUUACAUUUCUAUAUAGAAAUGAUGUAGUUCACAGUGAAAACAAUAAACAUCCUGCUUUUUUAUAGCAAAUA